AUGAGCUUCGGCUCAGAGCACUACCUGUGCACCUCCUCCUCCUACCGCAAGGUGUUCGGGGACGGCUCCCGCUUGUCCGCGCGCCUCUCCGGGGCCGGCGGCGCAGGCUUCCGCUCGCAGUCGCUGUCCCGUUGCAAUGUGUCCUCCUCGGCCGCCUGCUCCUCGGCCUCCUCGCUCGGCCUGGGUCUGGCCUACCGCCGGCCAACAGCGUCCGACGGGCUGGACCUGAGUCAGGCGGCAGCGCGCACCAACGAGUACAAGAUCAUCCGUACCAACGAGAAGGAGCAGCUGCAGGGCCUCAACGACCGCUUCGCCGUGUUCAUCGAAAAGGUGCACCAGCUGGAGACCCAGAACCGUGCGCUCGAGGCCGAGCUGGCGGCGCUGCGGCAGCGCCACGCCGAGCCGUCGCGCGUCGGCGAGCUCUUCCAGCGCGAGCUGCGCGAACUGCGCGCGCAGCUGGAGGAGGCAAGCUCAGCGCGCGCGCAGGCCUUGCUGGAGCGCGACGGGCUGGCCGAGGAGGUGCAACGGUUGCGGGCGCGCUGCGAAGAAGAGAGCCGCGGGCGCGAAGGCGCCGAGCGCGCCCUGAAGGCGCAGCAGCGCGACGUGGACGGCGCCACGCUGGCCCGCCUGGACCUGGAGAAGAAGGUGGAGUCGCUGCUGGACGAGCUGGCCUUCGUGCGCCAGGUGCAUGACGAGGAAGUGGCCGAGCUACUGGCCACGUUGCAGGCGUCGUCGCAGGCCGCGGCCGAGGUGGACGUGGCUGUGGCUAAGCCAGACCUGAGCUCGGCACUGAGGGAGAUCCGUGCCCAGUAUGAGUCCCUGGCCGCCAAGAACCUGCAGUCCGCCGAGGAAUGGUACAAGUCCAAGUUUGCCAACCUUAACGAGCAGGCGGCGCGCAGCACUGAGGCCAUCCGGGCCAGCCGCGAGGAGAUCCACGAGUACCGUCGCCAGUUGCAGGCACGCACCAUCGAGAUUGAGGGGCUGCGCGGGGCCAAUGAGUCCUUGGAGAGGCAGAUCCUGGAACAAGAAGAACGGCACAGCGCUGAGGUGGCCGGCUACCAGGAUAGCAUUGGGCAGCUGGAGAAUGAUCUGAGGAACACCAAGAGUGAGAUGGCUCGCCACCUUCGGGAAUACCAGGACUUGCUCAAUGUCAAAAUGGCUCUCGACAUUGAGAUAGCAGCGUACAGGAAGCUGCUGGAAGGAGAAGAGACCCGUUUUAGCACCGGUGCAUUAACCAUUUCAGGGCUGAAUCCACUUCCUAAUCCAAGUUAUCUGCUCCCACCUAGAAUCCUCAGUUCUACAGCCUCCAAAGGCUCAUCCACUGGGCUGUCACUUAAGAAAGAGGAAGAGGAAGAGGAGGCUUCUAAGGUAGCCUCUAAGAAAACCUCUCAGAUAGGAGAAAGUUUUGAAGAAAUACUGGAGGAGACAGUAAUAACUACUAAGAAAACCGAGAAAUCAAAUAUAGAAGAAAGCACCAUUUCAAGCCAAAAAAUAUAAUUCAGUUACUUAAAAAAAAAAAAAAAGUUAAUCCUUAAGAGGGAAUAAUAUGCAUUUGACUCGUUAAACAGCCUAAUCUUGAACCAAAACACCUGUCACCACUAGAAAAUGCCUUCAAGGCUUCAGUCUCAUACUUAGUGUUGAAUACUGUCUCUAAUCAGAAAAUCACCCCUUAGAUCGGAGCCAACUGCAAUCCUGGAACAGUCACAGAAGAAUGGUCUAAGAAUACAGCCUUCUCACCUACAGCUCAGGCUUCACAGCAGUAGAUGAUUCAGGUGCAGAGGAAGUACAAACUAAGGUGCUAAAUCUGUGAUCACUAUUAUUUGCUGUGAAUAGAAAUUAAAACCUGCAUUCACCCACUCUACCCAGCCAU